AAGUAACUCAUUUUGACAGAACACUUCUAAAAGUGAGGUAGAAUGUUAAGGAAAUUUGUGAUAUUACGACCAAACCGAGAGAUUAAAAGGUUUCUAAGAAGAUGCUUACAGACAGCUUCGACAGAAGAACACGUUUCAGUCCCACCAAAUGCAAACUCUCCACUGAGUGUGUAUAUGUCAAGAGUCCAUGAUGGUUUGUUGGAUGAAGAUGAAUACCAGAAAACCAUUGUUGCCUCCUUAGAUAGACUCAAUGAACAAGUGAAGGACUACCAGCCACCUGUGAAACCAAAUGUUUUUUUUCAAAAAUUGUUUGGUGAGAAGAAAAUUGAAUCACCUAAAGGCCUGUAUCUGUAUGGAAGUGUAGGUUGUGGAAAGACUAUGUUGAUGGAUUUAUUUCACGACCAGUGUCCAAUCCAAGGCAAACAGCGUGUACACUUCCACAAGUUUAUGCUGGAUGUUCAUCAGAGGAUCCAUGCUUGGAAGCAGUCUCUGCCACGGGAGAGAGAUGUAAAGAAACUGCAAACGUACGACCCCAUACCACCAGUAGCAGAUAGCAUCAGUAACCAGACAUGGCUACUCUGCUUCGAUGAGUUUCAGGUGACGGACAUUGCUGAUGCCAUGAUUCUAAAGAGACUGUUUACGGAGCUGUUUAAGAAUGGAGUUAUAGUUGUUGCUACCUCAAAUAGAGACCCCGAUGAUCUGUACAAGAAUGGGUUGCAGAGAAUAAAUUUUUUGCCCUUUAUAGAUAUUUUAAAGAGUCAUUGUGAGGUUAAGUGUCUUGACUCCGGGAUAGAUUACCGCAUGACCAGUCUGCCUAAAGAAGGGACCAUCUACUUCCUGACGGGGGAGAGUGAAUGUGAUGAAAAGGUGGAUGAGGUCUUCGAGGAGCUCAUAGCUGACGAGGAUGAUGUAAUUCACUCCAAAACACUUGAAAUAUUGGGAAGAGAUUUACGCUUGCCAAAAACCUGUGGUCGAGUGCUUGAUGCUACAUUCAACAGUCUGUGUGCUCAGCCACUUGGUGCAAUUGACUACCUCGAGAUCAGUAAACACUUUGACUCGGUGAUUGUGAGAAAUAUCCCUAAGAUGACGCUGAAACACAAAUCUGAGGCCAAACGCUUCAUUGUCUUGGUCGACACCUUCUAUGAUAAUAAGGUACGUCUGGUAUGUUCCGCAGAGGCGACUCCUAAUGAGCUGUUCACACGAGGCAAGGUGACACUCCGGGAAGAAGAUAUGAACAGAAUGCUGAUGGAUGAUCUUGGGCUUAAAGCAGACAGCACUGAUUCCAACACUAGUAUCUUCACUGGUGAGGAGGAAUUGUUUGCGUUUGAGCGGACAGUUAGUCGCCUUACAGAGAUGCAGACAGACGCAUACUGGAAUAGUCGGGAAACAAAGGCACCCUCUUGACCCUAGCUGACAAACUAGGGCCUUUUAUUGUUAUAUUUAUUAUUAGAGAUUUUAGCUGCUCAGCAAACAAUUGUGGAUAUUAAAUCUAGCAAAAAUUGAAAAAGCUUAAGUAAUAUUGAUAUGACUGACAUGUGUGAUAUACAUGUAUUCUGUAGUCAAUGUUAGUGCAUUUGUUACACAUUAAGAUAUUUGAUGAUGAUGAAUCUUAAGUGUAAAAGGUUGUGUAAUAUAUUUAAAAAAUGAUUUGAUUAGAAUUGUCUAGCACUGGGUUGUAUUCAUGUAUAUAUGAAAAUUUUGACACUGCUCCUACUGUGUAUGAACGUGUCAAACUAUGAGCCUAAUUUUAACGAUGGUGUUUUAAUGCAGUGUCAUUAACAACUAUAUUAACCCAGUGCGUCCACACCAAACACCACAUCCUGGUUUCCGGUGACUGAAUUUAGAAAAGCUACAACAAAAGUGUGCCAUGUUUUUAAUGUUAAACAUUUGUGUUGAAUCUGACAUAAUUUACGUAAGAUCUUUUUUCUGCUUGUAAUGUUAAAAAAAAAUCCUUGAUAUAUUGCUGUGAAACCAGUGGAUGAUAUAUACAGUAUGUAACCCCCCCCCCACCCCCCGUGAUACAAUGUGAACAGAUGGGGCUAAAACUUUGCCUCAGACCUAGGACUGUCCAUAGUUUGAAUGUUUACAUGAAAUAUGACGCAUUACUUUGUAGUAGCAUUUAGACCAUUAUGUGUUUAAUUCAGAAAAAGGAAACGAAAGCCAAUUUAUGUGGGCAUUUACAAUAAGUUUAGGAACUUGUGCAUGUAUACUUCACAUUAUUUUACAAGAAAUGUUCGUACACAAUGUGAUAUCAGUGUGUGUUAGCUAAAGUUUAUUUGAAUAUCAUGUGCAUGUCAAUACUGAUUAGAUGAAGUUAUAAAAACUCAUAAACUAAUAAAGUAAAUGAAAGUUAGUAAGAAUACCAGAGCACUGUGUAUGUUAACAUUUGAUUGGCAGCUAUACUGGAAAAUUAUGAAAUAUAAUCGAGGAUUUUGUUUAUGAAAAACUAUUUUAUUGUUAUGUUAAUUUUAA